AUGGUGAUGUACCCAAGUAGAAGGAAGUAAUAGCACGGUCGCUACGCGUGUGUCCGCACAUCAUAAAAAAAAAUACUUAACGUAGUUGGGUACGAACAUUAACUCCCGUGACGUCACAACCACAACAUAAACACACAUUAACUCCCGUGACGUCACAACCACAACAUAAACACCCAACUAUUAAUACACAAUGGUGACAUCACUUACUGCUUGAGUCAAUAUUAUAAGAUGGAAAAGUUUGAUAGUGAAGAAUCAGAUGACGAGUGGUUCUUUGAGUCAAUUAAGAGAUAUGAGGACUUGUUAAUGUAUGAUGUGCAAGGUUUUGUCACCUGUGCAACCUUCUCUGGUGAUGACAGGCUCCUUCUGGCUGUUUCUAGAGAACACCUUCAUGAAGUGUGGGAGCUGAGCAUUCCAGAUAAAGUGGUUGCGAGAAAAGACGCUGGCCUUGUUCGGAACCGAGAUUUUACUCUUUUAGCAGCUGGUUACACAGGGAGUCUGGUGAAGCAGAUGUUGUAUGUGUCGGCAGGUGUAGUAACUUCGGGAUCAUGUGGCAUAUACUUAUAUUCCAUCCCUCAGUCCAAGGAUGAAUCAGAUGUGAUCAGCUUAAAUAGCAUCUUGAGAAGUGAUGUGAAGGAUGCCACCUUGGCUCUCUCCGGUGCUACUGUUUACUCUGGUACAUCUCUCUCAAGUAUCUCCAGUUUUAAUCUGAACUCACAGGCAGCAUCAGAUCUCCCAGAAAUUUGUAAUAACACCACAAAUAGCAGUACCUGGGGGUGUAAUGAUAUGAUAAGCAACAUGUCCUGUGUGAGCGAAAAGCUGUUCAUAGGUCUAAGAGACAAAGGAAAUGUACUCUUAUGUGAUCCAAGGACUGGGAGAGUUGCACAAGAAAUAGUGGUGCCAGAAAGUUCAGGUGAGACUUGGACAAUGGAUGUUAGUUGUGAUGGAGGCAGUGUAGUCAUUGCUAACUCCUGUGGUGUUUUAAAUGUUUUUGAUUUGAGAAAUAACAUUAAAUCAAUUUUUGCAACUUCCAUGAAGGUGCAGAAAAAGAAAGUGGUAAACCACAGAGUGUGCAUCAGCCCUGGCGACUCGUUGUUAUCGGUGUCUGGUUAUGACAAACAUAUUCAGGUUUUUAACUUAAAAAUUCCUGAAACAAAUGGUGAAAGUAUAUUCAGUCAUGAUGGCCAUAGAGGACAUAAUGUACAAAAUAUUGUAACACAUUUAUGGCACCCAACACAGAAAAAACUCUUGUUCUCAGCUGAUGACACAGGUAAGCUUCAGGCUUGGAGAUUUAAAUAGAAGAAAUCCUACAAGACAAUACAGUACAGCAUAUACCACUUGUUUUUCAUAACUUAAUACAAGUGAUCAAUGGACAAGCAACAGUUACCCAAUAACUAUGGAUAAAUGCCAUUGAAAAUCAAAUAUUACAUUAAUAAUGUGAUAUGAUAAAUAAUUAAUAUGAUGGAAAUACUGUAAACAGUGUGUGCCAAACACAGUGUUUUAUUUUUUAGUUCUUUAGACAUUAAUGAGCUGAUGAGUGCACAUGAACUAAUGUGGAAAGCACUGUAUGGUGUACCAAAUGUGAUAUUUUAGUUUAAUGGUGGUGGGAGGUGCAACACAUUAACCUAACCAGGUGUGUUGGCUUCCAUCUUAUGUAUAUCAACAAGAUAAGGUACUGUGCAAGAAUUGAAGUUAAACAUUUUUUUUAAUAAAAUAAUAAUCUUA